CUUCGUCGGCUUCUCAGACAGAACAUUGAAUUACACAAUCGGUGAUUCAACGGCUUCGUCCGAUAUUACGCUCGCACACAGUCCCACCUUAUUUGUAUUUAUUUUAAUGUUUUUUUCACUUUAUAUGAUUUUUAAUUGCACAUUAUCUUAUCACCACCAAACGACUGCAUGCACAUUUUUAAGGAUUGCACUUUUAAUUAGUUAGAACCAUUUCGCCGUCGGGUUCACAUGCUUUUACAAUACUUUUCGGGAAUGUUUGACCGUUUCAUAAACGGUUUGCGAAACUUAAAGCGAGACUUUCAAAAUCCUACAAAUCUUUACGCGAGUUUACGUCUGAUUUUCCUAUUCGCACACUUCUACGGUCUAACGCCAUAUCACAUUGUCAGAUCGUCGAAGACUCAAAAACAUAUUUUAAACGCCUCGGCAUUCGGUUACUUCAGCAUGGCUAUGCGUUUUCUCUUUCUACACGUCAAUAUAAUGUAUAGCAUUCUGCACAAUCACACGGUCAUCGAUUAUUUCUUCACAACCGAAAUUUCGCAUUUCACGGACUCAAUGCAAAAAUUCAAUGGCAUCUUCGGCAAUUUGAUGGCGAUAUGCUUUUGCUUCGUGCAACGCAAGCGACUGUGUACGCUUGUUAAGCGUAUGCAUACAACCGAGGAGCGUUUCUCGAAUGUGGGCGUGUCGUUUAUGCAGAAAUACGUGGCAAAGCGUACAAAUCGCUUUGCUUUGGGUUUAUUCGCCUUAACUAUUGGUUAUUUUCAAUUGAGCAUGUUCGGUAUAUUGGCACGAAAUAAUAUAUAUACAUCACUACCGGCAGCUGUGGCAUUCUAUGCACCGCAUUUGCUCGUUUGUGGCGUGGUACAACUGUUUUAUGCCAUUAUUUACAAGUUGACGCAAUAUUUACGUGCCCUGAAUAAAGUUGAGUAUUUGUGUGAAAACAGGUUGAGAAUUGCAAGUGCUAUUUAAGCGGUGAAUGAAAUGAGAAAAUAUAGAAACUUUCUUGUUUGGUUUUUGUACAGUUUAUCUUACACGUUUUUCUAGCUUCGAACAUUUGGUAAGAACUGCUAAAACACAGAACUCUCGAAUACACUUAAGAAGAGAAGAUAACGGUUAUGAAGCCUACCGAAAUACGAUGUGUGAGAGGAGCGUAGGUAAGAGUAUCAAUACUCUGAUGAUAUUGAUCUCCUGAGAGCAAACUUAACGGUUAAAGGACCUUUUAGAACUUAAGGAACCGCUCUCUAGACAGUUAGAUCUACGUUACCGGAACGAAUCCGGAUUUUUAUACGGCUAAGUAUCGACAACAUACAUUCAAAUUAUUUGGUGAUUGACUUCUGUCGCUACAGCAAUAAUAACUUGGUUGUUUUCUUAUGAAUCGUGUAGUCUCAAUAGCAGUAUUACCAUAACCUCAACCUUGAAAUUUGUAUAUUCUCCAGUUCUAA